AUGACCGGCGCCUGCAUCGGCCUUGUGGUCAUCUACUUCGUUGACAAAGCUGACUCUGAAACAGAAGAUUUCAUUUUCCACGCAGAGCUGAAGGAGCAGACACAGCCUUUCACACUCUUUCUGUGCGUUUGCUCUUUGAAUCAGUGGAGAAUCACAGUGCCUGAAGGUGAAACGGUCCAACUGACAUUCACCUCUUUUGACCUGGUCCCUGAAGCCUGCGGAGACUUUGUUCAGGUCUAUGAUUACAACCAGGCCAGCCCUCAGUUAGCAGGACCUGGUGGCCCAGAAAUCCUUGAUGGACGUAAAGGAGUUCUUCAGUCAUCAGGUUUCCCAAAUCCAUAUCCUGCCCAUUUAAAUAAUUCCUGGGAGAUAUCUGUGUCCAAAGGAUUCCUGGUUAAGCUACAGAUCACUGACUUGGCCAUCACAGGAGAGACUGGAAUGUGCAAGGAGGACAAACUGAUCAUCUCAGACAAAUACAGCACUCUAGGUACACACUGUGGCUACAUCCUUCCCCCAGUGGUGGUCAGCGCCAGUGACACGAUAUCUGUGUCCUUCCAGUCUGACAGUCGCCUCACAGACCGCGGAUUCUCUGCCAAGUGGGAGGCUGUGUACCCUGAGGAUAUCACAGAAAUCCUGGGUUGUGGCUUUUCUUCAAAGGAGGAAACCGGAGUUAUCAAGUCCCAGGACUGGCCCAUGAAUUACAAGGCCAACACCGAGUGCAUGUGGAACAUCAAGGUGCCUUCGGGAAAAAAAAUCACGCUGACAUUCACCCAUUUUGACCUCGAAGCAAAAGAUGCCCUAACGUCCACAUGCUAUGAUAACAUAAUGGUCUAUGACAUCAAUGGUCUGACUUCUGCACUGAUUCAAAGCUAUGGUCAGUUUUGUGGAACUACGCUGCCUGAUCCCAUCCAGACAAACGGCAACAGGCUGCUGAUUCGUUUCCAUACAGACUUGCUUACUGAAGCUAAAGGUUUCAGGGCCUAUUGGACAACAAACCCCAGCCUGCCUGCUCCAACUGAGCCACCUGUUCAGCCCAAUCCCUGGGACAACAUCAUCAUAGACUGGCCAAGCACAUGUGGGAAACCAGCCAUUCCUCCUGCUGUUGUGUCACGUAUUGUGAAUGGAGAGCCAGCCACACCGCACUCCUGGCCCUGGCAAGUGUCCAUGCAGGUCUGGCCGACCAGUCAGCCAGAACCCACAUUCUCCCAUACCUGCGGUGGUACUCUUAUUCAUAAGAACUGGGUACUUACAGCAGCCCACUGCUUUAUAAGUAAUGGCUUCAAGUACCCCACAGUGCCCUCGGUGGAGUUUGACAUUGCCUUGGUCAGACUGGAUGGAGAGGUGACACCCACUGAUGAGAUAUCAUUUGCUUGCCUUCCAUCUGAAGAGGAAGCCCUACCUGAGGGAAAGAAGUGCUACGCCACCGGCUGGGGAGAUGAAACUGGUAAUUCAAUUAACCCUAAAGCUGCAGAAGCGCUCAACCAGGUCGCCUUGCCUGUGGUGCCUUAUGACACCUGUAACAGGAUGGAUUACUGGUGGUUCCAGGUCAAGACCUCCAUGAUCUGCUGUGGUUAUACACUGCCUGAUGAGCUCAAGUCUGUUUGUCAGGGGGAUUCAGGGGGACCCCUGGUUUGCCAGGAUAAAAUUGGCAAUCCAUGGGAAGUUCAUGGCAUAACUAGCUUUGGCCCUAUUGGAUGCAUUAUGGAUAAGAAGCCUUCUGUGUUCACCCGCUCUUCUGCCUACAUCCCGUGGAUAACAAAUGUCAUCCGCCGACACCUCUACAAUGAGCACACAUCAGGCUGUGGGGGACCAAAGGACCUGACUGGUACUGGUGGCACUCUGUCCUCUAUGGGUUACCCUGGCACCUACAGCAACACAGCCCAGUGCCAGUGGAACAUUCAAGUGCCUGAAGGCAAAUUGGUUCACCUCCAUUUCCACAAUUUCUCUCUGGAGGAGAGUGAUUUGUGCCUAAAUGACAAAGUCAGACUCUCAGACAAAACAGGAAGUCUGGGUACCCACUGCAGUCACGUGCCUCCUGCAGACAUGGUGAGUGAUGGGAAUACGCUUCACAUCAGUUUCUCCUCCAACGACAAAGUGGUUGACUCAGGCUUCACUGCCACCUGGAGGGCAGUGGACGCUACAGAAGUUCCAUGUGGAGGGACUUUCAGCAGUGAUCAGGGUGAAAUUACUUCUCCUAACUGGCCUAAUGACUACCAAGCCCAGAUUGUCUGCACGUGGCGCAUCAACGUUCCUUCAUCAAGAAGUAUUCAUGUAGCCUUCACUCACUUUGAGCUGCAAGCUGUAAACCUGUUAGGAAAUUGUAUGGACUAUGUGGAGGUCAUCAAUGGUGAAACGAUGGCAUCACUCGGUCGAUUCUGCGGAUUUGCCCCUCCACCCCUCAUCAACAUCCCUAGUAACACAGUCGUCAUCCGCUUCCUUAGUAAUGGAGCCAGCCAAGAGAAGGGUUUCCGUGGUUACUGGACUACUGACACCAGUAUCUUCCCAACUCUACCACCUCUCCCUAGUAAUCCAUGGGACAACAUCACCAUCAUCUGGCCAGAAAAUUGUGGAAACCCAGAGGUGAAACCUAGCACAGCCACUGUGAGAGUUGUAAAUGGUGUAGAAGCAAUCCCCCACUCCUGGCCCUGGCAAGUCUCUAUGCAGGCUUCACCGUUCUCUCCUAUACCUUAUAUGCAUGGCUGUGGAGGCUCUUUGAUUCAUGAAGAAUGGAUCCUGACUGCUGCUCACUGUUUCAUGUUCCCACUGAAUGUACCCUCCUUCUGGCGCAUGUGCCUGGGGAAGCACCACAUGAACUCCUCCAUGGACAUUCCCUCAGCUGAGGAAUGCUACAAGGUGGAUACCAUCAUUCGCCACAAAGGAUUUGUCUACGAGCAGGAUCCCAAUGACAUCACCAACGACAUAGCCCUGGUUCACUUGGCCAAACCUGUCAAUAUGAGAAAAGAGAUCAGCCCCAUCUGCUUGCCGAAACCUGGGGUCGUGAUGCCUGCUGGGACGCCGUGCUUUGUCACCGGCUGGGGAGACGAGAAGGGUAACCUGUUCCCUAAAGUGGCCGAGAAGCUUAAUCAGGCAGCGCUGCCUGUUAUCGACUUCGAAACCUGCAGUAAGCCUGCUUACUGGUGGGACACCCUCAGGCCCUCCAUGAUCUGUGCCGGCUACGAGUCCCCAGAUGAGCUCAAGUCAGCCUGUCAGGGUGACUCCGGCGGUCCCCUCGCCUGCACAGCUGCCACUGCUGCUGGCGGAACAAAUACAACCUGGGAGGUGCACGGCAUCGUCAGCUUUGGAGCUCAGGGCUGCAUCAGAGACAAGAAACCAUCAGUGUUUACCCGCGUUUCUGCCUUCAGUGACUGGAUCGACAGCAACAUCAAGAAGUAUAUUUAUGAAAGCAGAAAAGCUUUGUAAAGCUGACAUCUUUAGGUAGAGAUUAUUCCAUGUUUCGAUUUAUUUUUUUCUCUUUAAAACCCCCUGAAUGUAACAAAUGCUGACCAGCAGCACCAACCUACAAGGUUGCAUUGCGCCCCGUAAAAUAAUUUAGUAAAUAACAUAUUGCUUGUACGUUUCUAUAUAUUAAACACUG